AUAUUGAAAAUCUUGAAGCACAAAAGUGUGAGAGGGCUGAGUGUUGUUGCCUUUGAGUUAGAAGCAAUUGGAUACACGAUUGCUCUUGCAUAUUGUCUUCACAAAGGCCUGCCAUUUUCAGCUUAUGGAGAAUAUGUAUUUCUCUUGAUCCAAGCGAUCAUCUUAGUUGCUGUUAUCUACUACUUUUCACAACCUGUUGGGGCUAAGACAUGGAUCAAGGCAUUAAUAUUCUCUGCAGUAGCACCAACUAUUUUAGCCUGUCAAAUCGAUCCCAUUCUUUUUGAAGCUUUAUAUGCAUCCCAGCAUGCAAUUUUCCUCUAUGCAAGAAUUCCCCAAAUAUGGGCCAACUUUUCUAACAAAAGCACUGGCGAGCUUAGCUUCCUAACUUUUUUCAUGAACUUCGGUGGCUCUAUGGGUGAGUGGGUCAUGAGAGUAUUCACCAGCCUACAAGAAAAAGCACCAACUAGCGCCUUCCUUCCUUUGUCACUUGGCGUGUUGAUGAACGGAACCAUCCUGAGUCAAAUACUUAUGCACCAAAAGCCCCAGCCAAAAAGAGAGAAGAAACAACAGUAG